AGCAGCACCCAGUCACGUGGAGAGGCAGUCACUGUUUGUUUACAUCGGGAGACACACACAACCCGCCCGCCUCUUCUCAUUUACCUCGUAUUUUCUCUAAUUAUGGUCGAAUCUGAGGAAAAGUUCGAUGGGAUCUUGCUGGCCCUGGCUCAGCAGCAUCCCGAUGGCAUUAUUGAGCUCUUAGACACCUUCUUCAGCUUCCUGGCUCGGAAAACAGAUUUUUACACAGGGGCACCACCAGAAGUCGGGGAAAAAAUGGUAUUAGAAAAAUUUAAGAAAUACCAGAAAGUUGCAUAUGCAGAAGAUGAGAAAAAGAAAGCAGAAAGAGAGGAACAGGAGAGAAGGAAAGAAGAGAGACGAAAGAAGAAGGAGAUGGAGGAGAAGGAAGCAGCUAAUCAGCCAAAGAUUAAGGAGCUCACAGAUGAGGAAGCAGAUGCGCUAGAGAAGAAAUUAGCAGCGGUAAACAUGGACACUGAAACAGCUGCGGAAAAGUUGUGUUUCCAUCAGAUGAUUUUCAGUUCAGGAUGGUGGGGUGUUAACUUGUCGCUUUGCACUAUCACACUGAUACCGACUCACUCCAACGCGCGGCCGGAGAGAUUAAUUUCUGAUCUCAGAUGUUUCAUUGCAAUUAUUAACAAGAUGGAGUGGUGGGGCCGGCUGGUGCUGUCCGACCCUGAGAUCAACACGCAGAAGGUGGCCCCAGAGCCCUCCAAGCUGGGCGACCUGGAUGGGGAGACACGCGGAAUGGUCGAGAAGAUGAUGUACGACCAGCGCCAGAAAGAAAUGGGCAAGCCUACCUCAGACGAACAGAAGAAGCAGGAGGUCCUUAAAAAAUUCAUGGAGCAGCAUCCCGAAAUGGACUUCUCCAAGUGUAAAUUUAAUUAGAAAAUACCCGCCUGAUUAGAGAUGCCUUCGCUCUACUGUCGUCAAACUCGUCAAAUUGAUAAGAGCUACGCAAAAUAGAUUUUCUUUAUUAUCAAUGAACGUUACUAGUGAUUUUCAUUUGGGCAUUAUUGGCAUGAGGGAAACAGACAUAAUCUUUAUUACCGACUAUCAGAGUGUGCCGUGGGUAGAUAUCUGAUUAUACAACACACUUGCAUUGGUACCCUGGUUCGUCUGAGAUUUUCAGAUGCUUAAUUAGGCGUAUGUGGUGCUAAGUCACAAAACCUGUCGCAUAAAAAGAGUGUCAGAAUUGGCAAAAUAAAAAAAUCUAAAAUCA